AGCAAUAUGACCAGGCAAGAGAUGACAUUAUGACAGACCAGUCAGAGAUUCCAACAGGUUGGCCUGAUGAGCAGAUGAGCCAAACAGAGGGCCAGUCAGUAUUAGACAACCCCAUGGAGACAAGUCCCAUAGCAGAUCCAGACAGUCAAGCCUAUCUGCCGGAUAGCCUAGAUGGCUCAAGGUACAUUCCUCAGUAUGAUGACCAUGUGACAGAGCCAUAUGACCAGAAAAGAGAUGGCUCCAACAUUCUGACAGUCAAGCCAGACAGUCCAUCCUGUGGGCCUGAUCUUUGGAUGAACCAACCAGUGGGCCAGCCAGUAUCAGACAAUCCCAUGGAGACUAGUUCUUUAAAGCAUCAAGACAGUAGACCUUAUCUGCUUGAGAGCCCGUCUAGCUCUAGGUAUACAACAUCUCUUGAUGACUUAGUAGCUGAACUUGACCAGGCAAGAGAAGAUGCUGUCACUCUGCCAAUCCAGCCAGAGAGCCAGACCGGUCAGCCCAAUGAGUGGACCAGACAGUAUCCGGACCAAGACCAGACAGCAUCCGACAACCCAAUGGACCAAUCAGAUACUCAGCUCAUUACUAAAGCAAGGUUGUUGAUGGACCGACGGAUCCGCAGUUUGGAAUUUGGGCCCAAUAUUUCAAAAAAUCUAGGAGUGUGUGGAUCCUCAAUGAUGAACAAUAUUUCAUUUUAUUUUCUGAUAUUGUUAAAUGCUUGGAGGUUCCAUCUAUUGGCAACGCUGGAUCUCGCAUUUAUUAUUCUUUUCCAGAUUUUUUAUAAACUUAAAUGCCUCGUUUGAUAUAAUCCGAGCCUUCUCUGCCCCUAAACCAGCCCUUUUUACGAUUUUUG